AUGGAGGCUAUUCCCUCAGCUUCUGGCGAUGUGGGAUUACAAAAUUCUGCCACAGUCAAGAAUCAAGAAUUGCGGCUGCAGCAAGAAGUCAAGAAUUGCUGCUGUGGCUUGACUUUAACAUCUUCUCUGGGAAAGCUUAAUCUGUCCUCCAACGGAUUAAAUGCCACCAUACCGGCCAGCCUCUGGUACCUAAAGGAUCUGAUGUCUUUAGAUGCCCACUCAAAUGCUUUCGGUGGUUUCAUACCGCAAGAAAUUGGAAAUUUGUUGGCCGCAACAGACAUAGACUUGUCAAGGAAUAAGUUUUCAGGAAAUAUUCCGGCAUUGGUUGGAAGUCUUAAGAACUUGAUUAGUUUCACAUUGGCAGACAAUGAACUGCAAGGAUCUAUUCCUGAGAUAGUAAGAAAGAUGGUGAACUUGGAAUCAUUGGAUCUAUCUCAAAAUAAUCUCACUGGAGAGAUUCCUGCAUCAUUGGCAUCACUCUUGCAGUUGAAGCAUUUUAAUGUGUCAUUCAACCACCUGCAUGGAAAAAUUCCAGCAAAUGGUUCUUUCCUCAAUUUCACGAUUGAAUCGUUCAUGUUCAAUGAAGCAUUAUGUGGUGGCCCUCCUCAACUGGGAUUCCCUCCUUGCCCAAACAAUUCUCCUCAAGCAUCCAGGACAAAAAAAUUCCCCAGAGUUGCAUACAUCCUGUUACCAAUUGCGUUCACAGUUUUUGCAGUUAUUAUCAUUGUGUUGGUGCUCACCAUGACAAGGCGUGGAAACAGAAAUCGUGCUCAAACAAAUCCACUCCCUCCAACCACACAUGAAAGGAUUUCGUACUAUGACCUUGUGCAUGCAACUAAUGAUUUUGGUGAAAGCAACUUAAUAGCAAGUGGGAGCUAUGGUUCGGUUUACAAGGGGGUGCUUAGGGAUGGGAGUAUUCUGGCAAUAAAAGUUUUCAAUUUGCAAGUUGAAGGAGCAUUCAAAAGCUUCGAUGCAGAAUGUGAAGUUCUGCGGAAUAUUCGCCAUCAAAAUCUGGUAAAAGUCAUCAGCAGUUGCUCUAACCAUGAUUUUAGAGCUUUAGUCUUGGAGUACAUGCCUAACGGAAGCCUUGAAAGGUGGUUAUAUUCUCACAACUAUUUCUUGAAUUUCCUGCAAAGGCUGAACAUAGUUAUAGAUGUAGCAACUGCACUGGAUUAUCUCCACCAUGGCUAUUCAUCACCUAUUGUCCACUGUGAUCUGAAGCCCAGCAAUGCUCUUCUGGAUCAAGACAUGACCGGUCACGUGGGUGACUUUGGCAUUGCAAAGUUACUUAGUGGAGGUGAAAGUAAAGCAAUAACAAAUACACUUGCACCAAUUGGCUACAUAGCACCAGAGUAUGGAUCUGAAGGUAAAGUGUCGAGAAAGUGUGAUGUCUAUAGCUUUGGCAUUCUGUUGAUGGAAACAUUUUCAAGAAAGAAACCGACUGAUGAAAUGUUCACAGAAGAUUGUGGAUUGAAGGAUUGGGUAAGGCAUUUGCUGCAAAAUCCAGAACUGGAUCUAGUGGACCACAACUUGAUAACUCCCCCGGAUGAAAAUUCAACAACAAUUAUCCAAUGUAUCUUCAAAAUCAUGGAAAUGGCGGUCACAUGCACAGUGGAAUCACCAGAGGAGAGGAUUGACAUAAAAGAUGCUUUGAAUGAACUCAAAAAUAUCGAUGUUCAAUUUCUCUCCAAGUUAAGCCAUCAGAAAACCAAAUUAAAAAUGAAACUACCUUCAUCGAAUGUGGAUUCAGGAAUGGAACGUGCUGACAGGCUGCGACUUAUAAGGUGCCUAGAAGAAGGCUUGCUUGCAUGA